AUAGAAGGUGGGACUCACAGGACAAGUGUGAUCUACGCAAUAUACGCGCACGUCAUGACAGCUAGGCAGUCUAUAACAUUAGCAUGAGGAACUAUACAAUCAAAUGUACGUCAUCGCAGGAGAACAGUGGGUGGUAGUAGUGCUGCUGAGCCGACCGGUGUUCAGCAUGAGCAACAGGCAGAUCGUCGAGUUGCUGUAUAGUGAUGAUCUCAGAAUUAAUCAUUCGAUGGAAGACACAGUUGUUCAUGACGACAUCAACUAUCUUGUCUCGGUAACCAUGGUUGUCCAAUCUCCUUUGCCGAAUCAGAUAGAUGAUCCACCUGUCUCGUCGAGAUCGCUCAGCGCGAGAGGGUCGCUAGCCGUUUUACUUACAGUCGAAUAGAUCUUGCCACCACUCAUCCAGAGAGAAGACGAUCCGGGGGAUGAGAGUCACGAAGUUGAAAAAGAAAGAAAAAUAAGUAAGACAUGAGC